CCUCCGCCGCCUCACCACGACCCGCACUCGGACGAGGACACGCCGACCUCGGACGACCUGGAGCAGUUCGCCAAGCAGUUCAAGCAACGCCGCAUCAAACUGGGAUUUACCCAAGCGGACGUGGGGCUGGCGCUGGGCACCCUCUACGGCAACGUCUUCUCGCAGACCACAAUCUGCCGGUUCGAGGCCCUCGACGUCAGCUUCCAGAACCGCGCCCAGGAGAGCCACUUGCUCAAGUGCCCCAAGCCCUCCGCCCAGGAGAUCACCUCGCUUGCGGACAGCCUACAGCUGGAGAAGGAGGUGGUGAGAGUGUGGUUUUGUAACAGGAGACAGAAAGAGAAGCGCAUGACUCCCCCGGGAGGGACGCUGCCGGGAACCGAGGACGUGUACGGGGCCAGCAGGGACACGCCGCCG